AGGAUGAGUCCAGCAAUAGCUACUGAAUGAUGAACUAAGAUAAUGGAAACGAUUCAAAUUUAGCUGUUCAGUUCAGCUCACCAUUUAUUUUCUUGAUGGAGGAUUGAUGGACCUGACGGACCGGGAGAAACAGUUUAUGUUAGAGCGAGACCAACUGGCAGCAGAAAAGCAGAAGAUUCUUGAAGACAAACACCGUUCGGAGGAAGAGUUUGGGAAGAUCCGAGCAAAGUUCAAGGAUCUGUAUCUACAAAGGGAGGCCGAGAUAGUCAAACUAAGUGACGAGAAGAACAGGAUAGAAUAUGAGAUAUCAGACGUACGCACCGCUGCGAUGGUCUCUCAAUCGACGGCUCAGGAAGAGUUGGAUGGACUAACAAGGAGGUACAACGAGGAAGUGAGAACGUAUAAACAACAGUUGCUAGAAGCGAGGGACAGGUUGCAACAGAGUAGAGUAAGAAACGACAACGAUAUAAGCGAGGUGGAGAACCUGGAGAGUAGCAUGCUUAAAGCACAGAAAGACACGGAAAUGUUGAAAGAGAUAAUAGUGCCUCUGGAGACGGAACUGAAGGAGGUAAAGCUGCAAUGUCAGCAACUUAUGGCGGAGAACAUGAAACUUCGUGAGCAGCAAACCAAGGACUGCAGACCCCAACCUACGGUCGACAUGUUGCUUGAUCUGGACGGAGAUAUAGGAGGAACAGAAGUUGGAGUUGAGGUGAACUCCAGGGAACAGGUGGAAGAACUGGAGAGGGAGCUGGAGGAGGAGACACAGAAGAAUGCGAGUCUAAAGGAGCUGGUGCGGUUGCAGGAGCAGCAACUUGGUGAUUACAGGAAACGAGACGAGGAACUGACAAAGCAGAACUCCGAGCUCCAGGAGGAGUCCGGAAUGAAAACAACAGAACUAGAUGAGUUCAAACGGAGUGUACAGACAACUGAAACUAAGUGGACGGAUCUUACUGAGAGGUUCACUGAGAAGGUGGAUCACGUGACUGAGUCUUUUACAAUCCUCCGGGAUUCUUACAAAACUGCAGAGUCAGAUCUCAGCAUUUUCAAGAGCAAGAAUACCGUUGAAAUGAACGAUUUUGAAAACUACAAGAGAAAGCUGAUCGACGACUUUGAGAAGCUGAAAAAUAAGUUGAGCGAUGAGAGGAAAACGCACGAAGAUGCACAAGCUCUACUUACUGAUUCCUUAGAGUCAUGCAGGCAAGAAAUUCUUAGGUUGGAGGGUAUUUCAAGCGAACUGCAAACCAGUCAGGAGCUCUGUCAAAAACUGCAGAAUGAUGUCGUCAACGUUACUGACAAGUUAAAUGAGUCUCAGAGAAAAAGUAAGGAUGUAAUCUUGGGCUUACAAAAACAAAUCCUUGCAGCUACUUCAGAAAAAGAAGAAAGUGUUGCGAGAAUUGCUCGACUCGGCAAGGAACUCAGCGAGAGCCUCUCAGUGCGGGAUGAACUAGCGGUUCAAUCCUCCGAGCUGCAAGUUCAGUUGGAAUCUCACCGUGAACUGCUGAAGAACAUCAAGUGGGAACACGAGGACGAUGUGGCUAAUUGUCGGGGGUGCGAGGUGGCUUUCUCAAUGACAAAGCGGAAGAGCCACUGCCGGAAAUGUGGUAGGAUUUUCUGCACUGAGUGCUGCAGCAGCACGAUAGAGUUUGGAGUCAACAAGCGACAGUAUAAGGCGUGUGGGGAGUGUGUUAGUAGGCACAGGGCUGAGCAACCUACCGAGUAUCAUACUGUUACCGUACCUAAAAGUACUUAAUCUUUCGUGCGAUGAAAUUACCUUAAGAACGAAAUAAUAUUUAGUCUACCAUAAAUUUGGUCAAAUUUUUGACUGAAGUUGUUUUAAGUCACAUUUAAUUAAUGCGACUAUUUGAACCUUUAACUAAUUAAAAAGCGAACUAAAAUUUUGGUAGAGUAUAAAUCAUUACAGAUUAAGAGUUAAGACGUAAUAUCGUUGAUUUUGACUUUGAAACUGUUGUCGACCACAUCUACUCAUUCGUACUCAAAGUUACAAGUCGAAAUGUUAAAAUUGUGCUUAAUUAGCUUACUUUUAAGUUAAAUUACACGAAAAAUCAAAUAAAUCGAAGAAAAAUCACGAACAAAUGGACUUAAAGUUUGCAACAUUUCUAACUAAAAUAUGGGUAACCAAUUUUUUUUGUAUCAAAUAAUGGAGUAGUUCGCUGUUUACUAGUCUCAUGAUUGAAAUCCUGAUAGUUGGAUAAUAUCCGGUUGGAAGAGACAAGGACAAAUGAAACAGGAAGUUAGGAAUGUAGGCAAAUUUUCGGCGUCAACGCCAUCUUCAGGCUUAAAUUGGUAGUACAAAUGUUAGUAUACAGUUAUUAUCCAACUAUCAGAAUUUGUUUUGUAACAAAUUUUAUUUUAGCCCAAAUCUUUGGGACUUACUAAAGUAUCAAUUUGUUAAUUUCCGAGUUGGAAUUUGUUAAUUUGUUAAUAACAUAAAAUAUGGUAACCUACGUAUAAAAUACUUCACUAUAAAUCACAUAUUAUAAUAUUAACGAGGUCUGAUAGUCAUCUUCUUACAGCGUUCGAUGUCUGUGUGAAGGUAAAAUGGUGACAUCUUCUGGAAAAUGCAGGAAAAUUUUGUCUCCUUCACUCGCUAAUGUUAAUUUUAAUCCGAUUAAACAGCAGACACUAAAGUUUUUCGCCAGUAUUAUUUUGUGAUUUUAUUAGACUGACACGUCUUCAAUGGUAGUAGUAGUACAGCUAUAGUCCCUAUAGUAAUACUAUAUUAUAGCAUACUAUAAUAAGUUAUAUACUUUAUGUUAACACGUAUUCUUCUCUCUUCUUCUCUCCCGGGUUUGAGUACAAUAUUUGAUUCAUUCUUUA